AUCAAGGAGAAGUGAUUUGAGUAAGAGAUAGCAGGGGUUCAAGAUGUCCAAGUUCAAGAUUGCAAGGCUCAAUCUGUAGCUAGGAAUAUUUGAACCAUGGUGACACUUAAUUUCUCCUCAGCUGAGUGGAAUUGGUUUAAGUGUUUUACUUUUUUAUGGCAAGUAUAAACAAAUCUUUGAAUAUUCAUUCAGAGGGUGAUGAAGAUGAAGAUGAGGAAGAUGAAGAGGAUGAAGGAGAAGAUGAGGAGGAACCUGGUCUAGAUUAUUUACAGAAAGAAAACUUAGAGGAUGAGGAAGAAGGGGAGGACUUCAACCCUGAUGAGGAAGAUGAAGAAGAAGAAGAGGAAGAGGAGGAAGAGGAAGAAGAGACAGGAGAACCCGACAGGAGAGGAGAAAAGAGAAAGAGAGAAGACGACGAAGAUGAUGAUGACGACGACUGACAAAAACUCCCAUAGCAAGCGUGGAGCUACCUACCCCAGAUUGGAAGUGCUCUUUUUGUAUAGAGUUGUCAAUGGUGUUCAAGAGGUCCUUAUUAUGAGCCUUCACAAGUGCCCUUUUAUAGGCCUCCCACUAGAAGGGGCCCAUGGCUAGCAGGUGGCAUGUUCCUUGAUUCCUGGAGUUGUGACUGAGUCGUUUCUUAUUUAGUAGUCAGUGCUAGCUUGUUAAAGUGGUCCCACGAUUGUAGUAACUUAAUUUUUGUAUUUACUCCUGGAGUCAACCGACUCUUACCUGUUAGAAAUCAAAAUAUAAAUGGUCCUGUUUAUCAAGUGUUGUGGUGUGUAAGUCAUAGAUAGUGUAACAAGAUGACUCAUCAACAGGUUGUAGCAGUUGCUUGUUUUCAGUUUUGUACGGUACAAGUGAUCAGUCAUGGAUUCAAGUUUUUUCAUGACUUAUCACUUGCACUGGCUGUACAGUAGAUAAAAGGAAGGUACAGUCUCAGUGACCUUGCAUGACUGGCUUACAUUUUUUUGAGAGUAGAAAAUAAGUUUUAAAAUCUCUUACAUCAAAAGUUAUGAACAGUAUUGUUUCUUAUGUUAGCAUCCAUUGUCAAGGCUCUAUUAGUUAUUAAAUACACCACUGUAAGUGACACAUGUUGUAUGUGCAAAGCUUAUGUCUGUAGAGGCAAAGGUUCAUGACGAACAACUGGGAAAUAUACUUUAGUUAUAGAACAAGACACUUUGAUGGACACAGGUUUAUAACAUUUAUCUAGUAUAAAGAAAGAAAUAUUUGAAUUGUGAUGAUGAAAUUUAGCAUUAUACCGUCAAAUGUUAACUGCUUCUUCACCUUGCCUAAAUUCAAUGAGUUUAAGUUCUUUCUGUAUCAGAAUUUAAUAUGAUUUGUGGAUUUUUCUAUGGGCAAGUCUAGCCUGAUCCAAAGAAAAGGACAGAAAGAUAGAAAGAUAGCCUGUGAACAGGCUCUCAGUGAGGGCAGAAAGACAAUUUGGUGAGCAAAGCAGGCCAAUGAGUGCAAAAUAAAGAAUUCUGCGAGCAAAGCGAGUGGGGCAUGGCCUGCUCCGCUUGCCCUGGACCACACUUGGCCACCUCGCACUAAAACCCGUCCGGGAGCCUGUUUGCAGGCUAAAAGAAAGGAAACUGUUGUGUCUAAUCAUAGAGUCCUGCUCUCAGGUUUGCUUUUGUUUUGUUUUGUUUUGUUUUAACCAUUUGACCUGCUUGUCUAAAACAUGUUUCAUGAAGAGAAACCUAAGGAUAUUGCUACAAAGGACUUUACUGCAUGCCCCUUAAAACAGGCCAGCACAGAAAUUAUAAGGAGAAAAUAAGAAAUUAACAACUCAUUGAUAGUUUGUCCAUGUACUAGAUCCACUUGUUGUAUAGGACAUGCAUGUAAAAAGUUAGGCCAAGCAAACGUUGUGAAGUUUUGGUCCUCAAUGUUUUGAGUUAUUAUACACAACCCUAGGUAUUUAAAGACAUUUUUAGAUGAUUGUUGGUCAAUAGCCUUCUUUUGUCAGUCGUGCUUUCACAUUUCUCAAGCAACUUGGACUUGCUCUUUACAUGCCUAUGUCAUACCAUUUCAGAAGGUAUUAGCCUUCAUUGUAAGUGACGUCAUUAGGGAUAAAUAGCAGCUUCCCAGGUGAAAAGCUGUCGACAGUCUUAAAUUAUUACGCAUUGUGGUACAAGUUGAUUUCUUAUAAAUCAUGACUGCACUUUUUAAGUAGGUUUUUGGGCAUUUUGACCCCUGUAUGUUGGAAACUUCCAUUGCUUAGCCAGUACUUUUCAUGGUGUGCUGUUCUUUUCGUUUUGCUAGCGGCUGGGAAGAACUUAUUCAAAACGCUUCACAUACGGCCUUUGUCUUUGAAAAGAAUAGGAGCCCUGUUUCACUAUAUUAGAUACCUUUCUUUAUUAUGAAAUUAAAAAAAAGAAAAGAUUUGUUAAAAAUGUA